UGCGUUCCCGGGCAAAACUCAGGACGGAAUCACAUGAGAAGAGGGAGAGUGGCCCCGCCCAGCGUGACGUAUGUAGGGGCGGGGCCUGAAUAAUGGUGCUGGGCGGGCGAAGCCGAGUUCUUGACUCACUUGUUGCAGGAUGGGAUCGAGUAAGUGCUGGAACAGCAGCCGGAGGAUGCUCCGCCGCCGCCGCCGCUUCUCGAUAAGGGCGUCAUGGAGUCGAGGGCUGACUCUGCCAGGGUCUGCUCCUUUAACCCGCCACCCCGAAGGCCACUUUCCAAACUCUUUUGCCCAAGCUGCGAAAACGAAGGCUCCUCUCUCCUCCAGCCCACCCCUUUCCAAGUCUCUCCGUCACCUGCAGAUGACCGUGUUCUUUCACUGGAGCGGAGGCUGGAAACAGGAGUGAUGUAGCUUUCAAUAUUUCAUCAGGUUACACUGCUGUGGAUUGAUAGCAUUUGCCACAAAAUUUGAAAAGACCAAAUUUUUGAGGCUUCAUGAACAAUUCAAACGGAGCUGCCUAGAGAGGCAGAAGUGACAAUGUAAUGCCAGCUACAAUAUAAAUUACCAAUUAGAAAAGCUGUCAAGGGCUUGUUUCAUGGGAGGACAAAAUGUGGGCUAUUUAAAGCCAAAAGACAAAUUUAAGGCCGGCGGUGCCUGCUGCUUGCAUAAAGGUCACUAUACAAUGGAUGGAAGGGCAGACUCCUUGGUGAUGACUGUGCACCUGCUUGCCAAAUCUGGACAUGCAAUACCCUUGCAGCAAGCCCUCAGCCAGCUUCAAGAAUGGAUUUGCCUAGAUGUGUGCCUCUUCCUUGUAUCAGAACGCACUUCUCCCAUUAAGUAUUAUGAGACAUACCGCCAGAAAAGCUUCAGGUUCCCUGGGACUUCUGUUCUCUUUUUUUUGCAUGAGGACUUGGGGGAAGAACGGAUUUUCCAAGUCCGUGACUUUUUCCAGCGCCCACCAUGGCAACGUGUCCACAUCAAAAGUGCCAGUGGGAAGCUGUCGUCCCAUGUCCUUGAUAACCAGGAUUUCUAUGGUCUGGAUGAGCAUAUGCCGGUGUGGGGACUAAGACAAGUUCAUUAUGGCACGGAAAUCCUGCGUGUUACGCUCUACUGUAGCUUUGAUAACUACGACGAUGCAGUGAGGCUCUAUGAAACAAUCCUGCAGAAGGAAGCAACCGUGCAGAAAAGCAGCUUUUGUGCCUUUGUACUGUACACGACAGAAAGCAUUGCGGUCCAGCUCUGCUUGAAGCAGCUGCCUCUGGGAAUGUGUGUUGACUCGAAGGAGUCUUCAGUGUUGCAGUUCAAGGUGCAUGAAAUCGGACAGCUGGUUCCACUUCUGCCUAAUUCCUGUGUUCCUAUCAGCAGCACUAGGUGGCAAACUGAAGACUAUGAAGGAAACAAGAUCCUGCUUCAGGUUCAAGGCAACUCAAAGCACAAUGGGAAUCAAGACCUAUCUUCCAAUAUGCAUGAGGAAGGCCUCCCCCACUACCACGCCAGUCCUUCCCCGUUGGCCAUCAGAAGAGCUAUUGUGCAGCCUAAAAAUCGGACACUUCGAGCCAUGAAGAAUAAAAAUAAGUCCAUGUGGAGAGUAACAUGUAGUCCGGGAAAUCUUUGCAGUCGCUCACAAAGUAACUUGUGCUCUUCAUCCCAGUCAUGUAGUCCAGUAGAUUCUUCUCUGCAGGAUUUAGGCUCUUCCCACACAAACUUAGGCACCAAAUGGAGACAUUCCAGCCAUGAACUCUGGCUUUGUCAAAAGGAGGAGGAGACUAAUGUUGACACUGGCAAUAGAGUGGUACCUCCUGAAUGCAGUGACUCGCCACUAGGUAGGUUUUCGAAAGACUUACAAAAUGGGCUUCUUCAGUCCCAAGCACCUUGCUGUUCAUUCACAGGAGCUGGCUCCAGGAUCAGCUUGCACUCUGAGGGCAGGAGCAAUCUGUCAUUGCCAUAUAUUACCAAACGGAAGAAUGGAUCAGGACAGAUACAGCUGGGUUUUCCCUUGGGAGCAUCAAGAACAAGCCAUGGAAAUGCACAGGAUGAGGAGGAAGAAUUCUUUAUAUGACUUUUAAAUAUAAAUCUCUUGAGGUUGAUUUUUUUCAGUGCCUUAUUUUUGAAAUAACACAGAACAAUCUGUAUACUGCACAAUGACUCUGUCCUUGUGUAGAUACCCCAGCUGUCUAUACUACCUUUUUAUGUUAGUGUUAAAGGGAAAGCUUAAAAAGUAGUUUGCAAAAUAGCAAAUAUGUUUAUGGCCUAGUGGCUAAUGCUAGGAGUUUAAAAAGAAGAAGAUGGUUGUAAAAAACUUCAUGCACUGGAGGAUUAUUGUGCAAUAGAUUGAAACAAGCCAUUCAUUUUAAUGCUCCACAAGCUGACUAAAUUUCAUUAAGAACCUAGGAGAGAUGAGCCUGUUCUGUUCCUAAAAGCUUUUAGCAUCUCUGUGCUGCCACCAGCUGGUUGCACGAUAUGUUCACAUUCUAGAGAGAUGUGCUUUGCUAUGUAAAAUAUCGACACACUGAUGUGAUCAGAGCUCUAAAUUUCUACAACAGCAUUGUAUUGGGUCAUAUUGCUGUAUUCCAACUAUUAUAGUUCUUCUCUAUGAACCUUCCAGUAAUCAUAUUGCUAUAGUUUCCUAAAGUAUAGAUGUUUAAUAGGUUUAGAUUAAGAGGUGUAUAUAAACUUCAUGCUGCACAAUGCAAACCAAAUGCUUUGGCUUAACAGCUGGGAUUGCUAGUUAAUGUGAAUUUAAAUGACCUAGCUUGUGAAA